AUGACAGUGGCGACGAUAUUGGUGGCGGCGUGUUCAGGUCCGGUACGGGCGACGCCAGAGGAGAAGCGACUGCGGGUGGUGAGCCAAGUGCACGCGCACCCGGACGUGUUCGUGACAGGCGAGGAGAAGCGAGCAAAGCGACAUGGCCACUGCAUUGACUCGGGCGACACGACAGAGGACCCCGUGUGCGCGUCCAACGGCAAGCAGUACCUGAACGAGGACGUCUUCGAGUUCCACAAGUGCCUCAUCAUCGCCGAGUUCGGCGAGAUCAUCGAGAUCGUGGACAUGGAGACCUGCGACAACGCCAAGAAGGAGGACAACGAGCACCCGGACGUCCCCGACAUCGACUACAUGCAGUAA